CCAAACCAAACCAAACCAAACCAAACCAAACCAAACCAAACCAAACCAAACCAAACCAAACCAAACCAAACCUCACCCCCCCAAAAAAAAGAAAGAAAAAAGAAAAGAAAGAAAACAAAACUGACCAUCCUUUACUUCCCAACAGCUAUCUCUUAGUGGCAACAUCUACACGUAUGUUUCCGGCCACGCGCACGGUGCCUUCGCGGCGGCCCGUUGUGUUCUGGACCUCAAUCGAUUCCCAACGAUCUGAGGCCCAGCACUGGACGCUGUCAGGAGGCGACCACCAGCCCAGGAGGUCUUCAACAUCUCUGUUCAUCAGGUCCAAAAUGGAAGUCAUUCGGGCUUGGUUUGGGCGAGCCGGUGUAGGUGCUUGGCGAUCAAGGCGGCAAGUUGUUUGGGCAGCUUGUGUGUUGGUUACUGUAGGCAUUGUGUAUCUCCAGUAUGCGCCCGGGGACUCGCUCGAUCAGCCGGCUGCACCCCGACACAGAGCCCUGAAUACACUGUACUCCUCCCAUGAGAGAGAUGGCCAUGGACAACAGCAGUCCGAGGGUGGACAUAUUCAGCAUGUGAAGUUUGUAACAGGGAGUGAUACCCAGCAACACGGCGAUUGGCAGAGAAGACAUGAUGAUCAGGAUAAUCAGAAUGGCCGUCAACAUGACGACUGGAACAGCCAAAAUGAAAAUGCCAUUCAAGAAGAAGCCUUGCCUCCUGAUCCGGCACAACAGCAGCAUCAGCAUGCUGUUGAAGUCUUGCAAAAACGAGUGGCAGAACGCAAGGCUCAGGAGCAGCAGCAGCAGGUGAACCCCCCAGGAGAUCUGCUUCCUCCUCAACAAGAUCUGGGUGUUGGUGAUGGGAAUUGGGCUGGAGCGCAGUACCGUUACAAUCCCUAUGGCGAACCUGUGUAUGGUCGUACAGACAGGCCUAAUUAUAUACCAGCACACCGUGUAGUGCAUUUUGACUUGAAAGGAGCACCACCAAAGAUGUCGGCUCUUUUGCAGCUGAUCCCAUGGCUGGCUGGGCAAGGAGCUACUGCAGUUCUUCUGGAGUAUGAAGAUAUGUUCCCCUGGAAAGGUCGUCUUGCUACGAUUGCCGCAAAGAACCAUUAUUCAAGAAAACAGAUUGCUAACCUGGUCGCAGCUUGUCGCAAUCAUGGAUUAGAAGUGAUUCCACUUGUUCAGACCUUUGGCCAUCUGGAAUUUGCUUUGAAGCACGAAAAGUUUUCUCAUCUACGAGAAGUUCCUGAGCUGCCCCAAGCCCUUUGUCCAUCACUCAAUGAGUCAAUGUGGUUGGUGCGAUCCAUGAUAGACCAGGUUAUGGCCCUGCACUCUGGUGCUCGUUUCUUGCAUAUUGGCUGUGAUGAAGUGUUCCAGAUGGGAGAAUGUGAGAGAUGCCGACUUGUGUUACGAGAAACCUUAUUUUUGCAGCACACUGAAGCUGUUGCAAAAUAUGUCCGAAAUAAGUACGGAGCUGUUCCUCUUGUUUGGGACGAUAUGUUACGCCAUGUUUCAGAAUCAGCUAUGCAGGAGGUGCACCUCGGAGAUCUUGUUGAACCAAUGGUUUGGGUCUAUGCUGAAGAUGUUUACAGGUUUGUCCAGCCUUCAGUGUGGAGCAAAUAUGGUCAGAUUUUCCCUCGUGUUUGGGCAGCAUCAGCAUUUAAAGGUGCAUUUGGUGAACAGCUAACAGUACCAAAUGUAAGGAGACACUUGGAUAACAAUCUCAAUUGGCUUGAUGUAAUGGCCACUGAAGACCGAAAAUUCACUGGUGGUUUCCGUGGAAUAGUCCUGACCGGGUGGCAGCGAUAUGAUCAUUUUGCUGUACUUUGUGAACUGCUUCCUGCUGCCCUGCCAUCACUCUCAGUGAAUCUGAUUGCAACAUCACAUGGUUUCUUCAAUGCUUCUGUUCAGGGACAAUUGUAUCAGGCCCUAAACUGCAUGCAGACUCCAAAAUACCAGUCUUGGCUUAACCUUGAUGCUGACCCAUAUCUCUGGGACAAGUUUUCCUGGUGCUUCUUCCCUGGUGCACAGGUGUUCAAGGUUACAGCCCGUUUAGAUGCUACCAAACGUGAUGUUGAUGCCUAUAUUGAGCGAGUAACCAAGAGUCGUGGAUGGAUCACAGAUUACAACCGGCGUCAUAACUUCUCCUCUCCAAUGCGAGUGGAUGAAGACCUGGAGGAACUCCCGGCAAGAGUCCAUGCUGUAACUCUCCUCAUGAAGACAGCUCGAGAAGCUUUAUCUGAGUGGUUUGAUGACUGGACAGUUGGUGAGUGGCUGGAGGAACGUGUAUGGCCCCUUCUGCACAGUCUCCACAAACUGCAGCGUGAAGCAGAGAGCAUGAAGGCCGUGCGAUACUGGCCAGCCAGACCCCUGCCCCUCCUUCCAGAGCUUGCCGCAUAUGGAGUCUCUCAACCUAGCAGUAUUUCUGAUAAUGCAUUGGAUACAGACACUGGAGGAGGAGGAACAUGAAUGCAUAGCAAGUUAGCAGCAUUCACAUGGCUAAGAGAGCCAUAUCCUUCAUAGUGGAGGACUAGGAUGUUCUUUGUUUGGUGGAAAUCAAGUUGUGAAAUUUACGUAUUUAUUUUAAAUAUUAGGUGAAACAUGUCAUUAUGAGUAUUUUUAAAAGAAAGUGAAUCAGCAUAUUGAGAAUGUGUGUUCAUAACUAAGUCAUAAUAUAGUAAUUCUUAUGGAAUGAAGAAAUGUGCUGUCACCCUUGUAGAUAUAUUAGUCAUCAUCCAGGAAAAGACUAAAGAUUUUGUUCAGAGAUAUGAUCAUUGCCCCUGUCACUCUAAUUGUCAGAAAAAAGAUGGUUACUUAGUCCUUUUUGAAUGAUACAGAACUGAAGUCUAAACCUUUCUGUAAUCUUGCACUAUUUAAGGAAAAACAUUGGAUGGGUUUCUUACAAAGUUUCUUGCUUCACAUUGGUCUGAAGGCAUUCUGGAAAGGCUUUCACUAUGAUUUAUGGCUUUGGAUUACUUGUUAAUGAAAGAUUUAUCAGUUGAAAUUGCUUAAGAAGUAAUCUGGAGAGGAAUCUUUGUAAAAGUCACUGAACCAAGUGCUGCCAGCUGAUCUGAAUUAUGAAGUCUUUAUGAAGGUUGCUCACCAAGAUCUGCGUUCAGUUUCUGACUUAAUCCUUACCAUAUUCUACAGUUAGUUCCUACACCUUGACAGUACUUUGACUGAACAUGUUUAUAAGGGUAAUAGCUCUUAGAUAAAGUUCUAAUUGGGCAGUAUUGGGGAUGGAUCCUGGGCUAAAGUAAAUGUUGUGCAGUAGAGCAUGUGGCCUCAGGUAGAAGUGUAGAGAAUCUUGGAAUGUAUAAGUUAAGUGAAGAGAACUGUAGCCUUAGAUAUUCUCACAAGAGGAUUUAAUUAUAUUUUUAUAAUGAAAGGUUGUAUAAUGCAUUGUAAUUUCAAUACUUAAUUAACUUACCCCUCUAGCCAUUGUUUCCAAGCGAGAGUUGAAUGUUGUUGGAACAAUUCAGUGAACAUGUGAUUAAUACAAGAUAUAUGAACAGGCUAUAUACACACUUGGAUCAUGGUUAGAGCUGACUGAAUCUUUUGUGACCCAGGAUCUGUCCCUGAUUGUGUAGACAUUUGCUCAAAUGUGGCAAUCAUCCUUCAACUACCAGACGAAAUACAAUCGUCAUAGCAAUCAUUCCUGGUGUCAUUCUACAUGACAAAACCUUUUUUUUCCCCUCAAUAGAUUAUUUUAUUUGACCCCAUGACCAUAGUGAACAAAAAAAUUGAUAAUGUUAAAGUUGUGAGUAACAUCCUUCGUAAUUAACUUGUUUUUCAUUUUCUUUUUUUUUUCUUUUUUUUUUCUUUUAGAGAGAGAGAGAGGAUGGUAUCAACAAAAUGACAUGUAAAUACCUCACAGAUGCAUUUGAUGACAGUUGAUUAUCCUGUAUCAGGAUGUAUGACUGGCUUUGAACUGAAUUAACGUAUCCCAUACUUCACGUGACUUUGUUGUAUUAGAAAAAGAAAAUAAUUUAUCCUGUGAUCAUUACCCAUCGUAUAGACUUUUCUUCUCAGUAUUUUAAACCAUUGAAGAUCUUUCUUUGCUAACAUAUUUUUGCCGAGCUUUUCUAACUAAAACCUUUUUUUUUCUAGCUAUAACCACCAACAAUGAUAUAUUUAUGAAGAAGUUUGCUCUUACUGCAAGUUGUCAUUCUUUAUCACUGGCACUCCUUUCCCUUAUAUAAAAAGAAAUUUCCUGUUAUACUGCAACAAUAGGAUUUGUAGUUUCCAUUACCUUUACUCUAAUAAUCUUUAUAUCAAGAAAAAAAAAAUUAAGGACAUUCUUCACCUUUUUAAACUGUCAUGCAUUUUCUUAUUAUAUUUUACAAUGCUUUAUAUCACAAGAGUUGAUGACUGAUAAUGUUUCAAAACAACUGUUCUCUGGUAUUCGAACUCUGUCAGACUCAAACACUGGGUUUAUUCAGCAACUCUGUAAACUUGACAGAAUUGGAGUCCAUGUGUUAACUAACAGUGAAUUCUCUCUGGUAGUAGUGUAUCAGAUGUAACAAAACCUUGGUGUUCUUCACCUGUGUAUUACUUGGUUUAUCAUAUACUGACAAACAGGAAAGUCCAGUCUCGUGCAAGAAUCCACAAAUUACAGUGUAGCUGAGACUGCAAGGGAAAUAACUGCAUAAUUUCUAGGCCGGCUUUAUUAUAUUACUCUAGAGGUGCCGUGUAUCACUUUUAAUGUAUGUAAGACCGUUUGUAAAAACUACUGAAGAAGAAGCUGGUCAGGAAAUUUUGGAAAGUUGUGUGUUCUGUAAUCCCAUGUUUUAUUGAUUGCUUGUGAUAUGUGUGUAUUAGAAUUUUGAAAUUAAGAGAAUAAUCUAGUAAUUUCUGUAUCUUAAUUUAUGGUAAAACUAUAAGAGAUAUGUGAAUAUCUUGUAGAUAUUCUAUGAAUAUCUUGGUCCUUUUUCACACAGCUGUUACGCAGCAUAGAGAACUAUAGUAACAUUUUGUUUUUACUGUUUUGUUAUUUUUCUCUCUCUCUUUUUCAGCCGCCAUAAAUGUUUUGGGCUUAAAGCUCAAGAGAGAAGUAGAAUGAGAAAACGUAUGAUGAUGAUUUAGGGCAGUGUUUUCUGUAGAGAUUUACAGUAAAAGGUAUUCAAGUAAUGAGAAUGCGUAGACCAUCACUUUGAUUUCAUAUGUUUAGGGAUUUGUAUGCUGCUCUCUCUGGAAGGCAGAUUUGAUCAUGCACUUAGUUGGUAAUGCAAAUAAAUUCACAGUAAUUACAAGCAUUUCUUUUAGCAAUUUUUUUUUUUAUCUUCUUCUGAUUUAAACUAUGGUUAUGCUUAUAUUUAUGGUGGAGAGUCAGUUUCAGUUCUGUAAACAACCUGCUAUGUAACAGUUUGUAACAUACUUUCAUGGCAUAUAUUAUAGACAAACAAUGAACAAAGAUUAUAAAGGACAAAAAAGAAAAAAAGGUAUACAUCUUGGCCAUCUAUCAACUGUCUGUCUCUUUCAUGGGAAGGAUUAUCAUGUCCAUUUUACAUGUCCAUUGAAGGGUAUGGGAAAACCUGGAAGAAAAUGACUUCAGUUUAUUAAAGAAUGAAAAUAAUUGUAUUUGUUAGUGUUGCUUACAAAGAAAAAAAUAAAACUGAAUAAAAAUGCUUAUAUAGAUAUCAAUAAAGUGCAAUUUAUUACAGCUUUCACCACAACCAAGCUAAAUGCCAUGAAAGUAGCAGAAGCUAGUCAUUGACAAAGGGAAAAUUCUGAAAGAUGAGCAAAGAAGCUUGAUUCAUUUCUUACAUGGUUGUGCCAGAAUCUUACUGACUGACUGCUGUAAGUUCUUAAGACUGUAUCCUGGUGCCUGAGCAGACAUACAGGAAUGAAUGAUUUAUUUUUGUAUUAUUUAUAUUUUCAUAAGCUUUAUUGCAGUUUGCAGUAUACAUAUAUAUAGUUUUAUUUUGGGUUAAAUAUUACCAUGAGUUUCCUAUAUCUUUAGUCUUAUUUACAAUCUGUACAGCCAUUCUCACUGUAAAUAAAGUAUAUAGUAUAAAA